CCAAACGUCCAAAUACAACACACACAUUGUUUCGUGUAACAAAACACCCAGCACACAAGACCCUAUUGCACAGUCAAAGAAUGGAGGUUUCCAGCAUGGAAAACGGAUCGAGUAAGGCAGAUGACGAGGUCAAGCCCACACGGCUGAGCCUUACCAGAGCCGUAAUGUUCAUUAUUUUAUUCAACGUGGUCUUGCUCUGCGCCACUAUCUCAGGGUAUUUCUAUCUAGCGUCCAUGGAUAAGUCGAUCCAUGCUAGAAUCGGGGACUUUCUGAUUAUUGGGGGAGCGACAAUAGCGAUUCCUCUGCUCUAUGGGUUGGGUGACCUUUCCAAGGGCAAGCCCAACUUUUAUUACAUUUAACUGGUUGGUCGCCCAGUCAAUAGUUCGUUGAAUUAAAUUUCAU